AUGACCUCCUGCCCGUCGCCGCCGCCCCGCCGCACGCCGCCCGCAUCAGAUCCGGCUCCGUCCCGCCCCCCCGCCGUUGUUUCCACGCCGCCCCACCGCCCGCCCACCGCGGAUCCGGCCGCGGCCGCAGCGCCCGCCGCCGCCCCGUCCGCCCCGCCCCGUCCGCCACAGCUCCGACCCACCGCAGCUCCGCCCGGCCCCGGCCCGCCCGCCGUAGCUCCGACCCCCCCGGCUCCGUCCGCCACCGCCCCGCACGCCGCCGCCGCCCCGCAGCUCCACCCCGCCCGGCUCCGUCCGCCACCUCCCCGCCCGGCUCCGUCCGCCACAGCCCCUCAGCUCCGCCCCGCCCGGCUCCGUCCGCCACCGCCCCGGCCGCACACCGCCGCCGCUCCGCCGCUCUCCAAUGGCGCCGAAGAAGACGUCGAAGGGCAAGUCGGGCUUCUUCGGCGUGAGGAGUAG